AUGGACGCGACCGACGUCGACCUCGAAUACGGCGGCGCCGCGACGCCCGUCGACGCCGCGAAGCCGGAAAACGACUACGCGCACCACUUCGACGCCGACGUCGUCAUCCCCGACCGCAUCGCCCGGCCCGCCGUCGCCUCGGCCCACUGCUUCCUCGCGCUCGCCCUGGUCAGCUUCUUGCGGGGCUACGACGUCCUGGCGGCCGUCGCGCUCGGCCUCUACGGCACGUCCGUGAACCACUGGCGCAGGCCGCGCGUGACGAGCUGGCGCCACGCCGCGGACCUGCUCGCCGUCGCGGCGACGGCCGCGUACGGGUCCUACCUCGCGACGGCGCGCGCGCGGUCGCCGGCCUGGUGGGCGUCGCUCGCCGCCGUCGCCGCGGCCUUCGCCUACAACGAGACGCGCUACUACCGGGAGGUGCACGACCGCGCGUCGUCGUCGUUCUCGCGGCCGGGCACCGCGGCGCGCGACGCGGCCUACCGCCGCGCGACGUGGACGCACUAUAGUCAUUGA